UAUAUUCUCUUCUCUUCAGCCCCAUGCCCUCCACUAAAUAUCCAGUCUAUAAUGAACUGUGGCAGCAACACAGCGAGUGUAUCUUGGUCCGGUGGCAAUGGAGCUCUGUCCUUCAUGAUGACAAUGGAAUGCUCUAAUGGACAGACGUACAUCUGCGGUACCAAUGAAACAGGAUGUGACAUCACUAACAUGGCAUGUGGACAGACAUGCACAGGAAAAGUAGUGGCAGAGGGACAUUCCUGCAACAGCUCUGAAGGCACUGGAUCACCUGUCAUAACAGGUCCUUGUGUACCACAAAAUGUGUCGGCUAGUGUAAGCUGCAGCAGCAACAUAGCAACAGUGACCUGGGGAAGCAGCCAAGGGGCGGAGCUUUACACCGUGACAGCCAGCAGUGCUAAUGACCUUUCAGCUAACUGCACCUCACCCUCCACUUCAUGUGACCUGUCAACUUUGACCUGCGGAAAAUCUUACAUCAUCACAGUGAAGGCAAAAGGCAGCAACUGCAGCAGUGGAAACAGUGCGCCUGUUCAAGUUCAAGCAGUGCCCUGCACCCCAAGUAAUGUCCUGCCCACCGUGGAUUGUGUCGCAAAAGCUUUAGUUGUAUCAUGGACACCUAGUGCAGGAGGACAGUACUACACAGCCACCUUGCAGGACAGCAAUGGACAGUCCACCAGCUGCCAGUCUACAGGCUCACAGUGUAACGUGACAGGUCUCAGCUGUGGUCAGCUGUACCGUGUCAAUGUGACGGCGUCAGACAGUCUGUGCAGCAGCCCUCCCAGUGCUACUGUGAACACUAACUCAGUUCCCUGCGCAGCCAGCUCGAUCAGGGCAGUGUUGGAUUGUCAGCUGGGUACAGCCACUGUGUCAUGGCAGUACGGUGCAGGUGCUCAGGGAUACGCUGUCUCUGCCUUGGCAUCGGCGAACACCAGGGCUAGCUGCACAUCCAACAGCUCCAUCACGCACUGUGAGCUGAGCGACCUGCAGUGUGGCAAUGAGUAUACGGUGAACGUACAGAGUUUGGGAUACACGUGCAAUGCCAGUGCACAGAUGACUGGCUCCCUGAUCACAGGCCCGUGUGUUCCUCAGCAUCUGACAGUGAACUACAGUCCUUCCACUGCUCUGCUGUCCUGGGACAUCACUAAAGGUGGCUCCAACUUCACAGCAGAGGCUGUGACCCUCGAGGGCCUGACAGUGACCUGUGAGAGCUCUAACACGAGCUGCACCUUCCCAAACCUGGACUGUGACCAGAUCUACAACGUCAGCGUGACGGCUCACAACAGUGUCUGCAGUGACACUGAGACCUCUGAUCCUAUCAAGACAGAACCGUGUCCUCCUCAGAAUGUCAAAGCUAGCCUAAACUGUGCCACCCUCAGUGCUACUGUCUCCUGGGACCCUAGUCAGUUGGCAGUGGGAUAUGUUGCAUUCCUGGAAGGUGGAAAUGGUCAUUCCACUUCCUGUCAGACCAAUCAUACAUACUGCAGCAUACCUUUUCUUACCUGUGGAACAGUGUACUAUGUCAGAGUCAGUGCCAUCGGUGAGGUGUUUAACAGCUCUGACAGCACUGGGGUCAACAUGACAUCAGCACCAUGUCUGUCCACCAGUGUGUCUGCUAUGGUGGACUGCACUACAGAUUCAGUUCUAGUGUCUUGGAGUGCCAUUGCUGGGGCGGAGAAUUACUCUGCGACCGCUUUGGGGUCAGAAGGUCAAACAAUCUCCUGCUCAACCAAUCAGAACCACUGUAACAUCUCCUCCCUGCAGUGUGGACAGCAAUUUAACCUCACCUUCAGCUCUACGAACCAGCAGUGCCAAACGACUUCCACCACCAAUGUCACAUUCCUGUCCAGACCCUGCAUACCCCUGCAACCAGUCGUCAGUAAACUGUGUGGUAACAAAAUGUCAGUGAUGUCUUGGGAUGUGAGAGAAGUUGUUGAUUACUACAUCGCCCAAGCCUUCAGUGCAGCAGGAGAGUAUCAGCUCUGUAACUCCACAAGCUCUGCUUGUUCCUUCUCUACUCUGGGCUGUGGAGAGACCUUCACGUUCACUGUCACCGCCCACAGAGGCCACUGCCAAAGCGACACCAGCGCACCUGUAUACCUCACUACAGAUCCUUGCAAACCAGAGAACGUGACUGCUCACGUGUCAUGUGACAGCGAGACGGUGGCGCUCGACUGGUCAAAAGCCAAAGGAGCGUCAUUCUACAUUGUGAUGGCAACAGGGAGUCUGGGAUAUUUUGUCGACUUUAACACUUCUUCUACUAACCUGUCUGUGUCACUGCUCUGUGGACAAAGCUACAAUGUAUCGGUCCAAGCAAAUAGUGAUACCUGCGACAGCCUACCGAGCAUUCCUGUGCUUUUCAGACUCGCGCCCUGCACGCCCCUUAAUCUCGUGACAUAUUUUGAGUGUGACAAUCAGUCGGGUUCUGUCAGCUGGGGCACAAGUGAUGGGGCGAACAUGUACACUGCCACAGCAGUGGGUGAGGAUGGACACACACACCUGUGUGUUACUAAUGGGACCAGCUGCACCUGGAAGGACCUGCACUGCGGUGAAAUCUAUAACGUUACAGUCACUGCCAAUGACAGCCGCUGCACGAGUGCACGCAGCAACAGCACCACCAUACACAUGGCCCCAUGUGUUCCUCAAGCUUUGACGCCCAUCCUGGACUGUGGCACAGGGGUGGGCUCUCUGAGCUGGGCUUCCAGUGCUGGAGCUGAGACAUAUGAGGUGGUAGCAGUGAAUGAUGACGGGAACACGCUGGCAUUCAGUACCAACAUCACCAGUGGCUUCUUCUCAGAGCUGCUCUGCGGUAAACGGUACCAGGUCGCAGUCAGAGCAAUCAACAGGCAAUGCAGAAGUGUACCGAGUUCACCUGCUUACCUGUCUUCAGUUCCAUGUGUUCCUCAGAAUGUCGUAUCUGAGCUGGACUGUACGUUUAACUUUAUAAAUAUAAGGUGGAACAUCAGCCGCGGGGCGGCGUCUUACCUGGUGGUCGUCAAGGGACCUGAAGGUCCAGUGACUGCCUGUAACACAACUGCACAGGUGUGCAGACUGCAAACACUGCACUGCAGCUCCUCGUAUGAUGUCAGCGUUAUUGCAGUAAACCAACAAUGCAACACAUCAGGAAGCUCCAUCUUACAAAUAAACACCGUGCCGUGUGUACCCACUCAUGUGCAGGGCAGUGCAAACUGUACGACUGGAGCUGUAUCCGUGUCCUGGGGCCCAAGCUUAGGGGCCAUUUCCUAUGCAGCGGUUGCUCAGACUAGUGGUGGAUAUGCCUCAGUGUGUAACAGCACUGGAACAGCAUGUGUCUUCUCAGAUCUGCUCUGUGGAAUGAACUAUAGUCUAACUGUCAGUGCCACUGACGGGACCUGCAACACUGCACCGAGUCAACCAGUCGUGCUGAGUACAGUGCCCUGUAAGCCACAGAAUGCUAGCGCCCAGCUCAACUGUGACACCAACUCUGCUGUUGUAAGCUGGGAGCUCAGUGAUUCCGUCACACAUUACACAGUCCAGGCUAUUGGUUCUGAGGGACAGCGCAUAGACUGCACCAGCUCCGACCACAGUUGUACAUUAGCUGGCAUGUACUGCGGCCAGAACUAUAACAUUACUGUCGCUGCCUUGGAUGAAGUAUGUAACAACAGCAACACACACCUCAUGCUGAAGUCAGCUCCAUGUGCACCUAGCAAUGUACAGACGUCUUUGCAUUGCGACAUCAGGGGUGGUGUUGUGUCUGUGUCAUGGGUGCACGCAAAUGGGGCGGAGUCUGACAUGGCUGUGGCCGUGUCUAAUGAUGGUCAAUUUUACUCUUGUAACACCACCACUGCCUCCUGUGAUCUGCAGGAACUGCAGUGUGGCCAGAAUUAUAAUGUCUCUGUCUACUCACUUGCCCAUGGCUGUGGAGGCGUGAAGAGCACUAUGUCUCAGGUGCAGACAGCUCCAUGUCCCCCCCAGAACGUAUCUGCCAUUGUGCAGUGUGAUUCAGGGUCUGUGCUGGUGAGUUGGAACCCAGCAGUGGACACCAGCCUGUUCAUAGUUGAACUUGAGUCUGAGAGCACUGGUGUGAUCUCCUCAUGUAACAGCACAAACACGCAGUGCUCCAUCACCCAUCUGCCCUGUGGAGAGAGAUUCAACCUCAGUGUGGUGUCACUGAGAGAUGGCUGUCAAAGUCAACCAAGCAGUAACCUUUCCAUCGCCUCAGCUCCAUGUAUUCCACAGGGGGUCAAUGGUACUGUGGACUGUGUCACUAACUCUGCAUGGGUAUCAUGGGAUGUAGCUAAUGGUGCAGAGUCUUACACAGUGCUGGCUGUAGGGGAGGAUGGUAACAAUUCCACCUGUAGCAGCUCAAACUCCACCUGUAAUGCACCUGACCUAGGCUGUGGAAGGAGCUACACCUUUCACGUCACGGCCUCAAAUGCUGCAUGUCUGAGCCCACCCAGCAGCAGCUUUCAGCUGGAGACAGCACCCUGUGCCUUGUCAUCCAUCGUGGUGGUGGCUGAAUGCCACAGUUCUGUUAUCAUGGUACAGUGGCAGAAAGCUCGGAGUGGAAAUUCUCUCUACUUUGCCACAGCAGAGGAUCAAGACCUUUCCAUCCUUUCCUGCAAUAGCUCCGCAUCUUCCUGCAACCUAACCAAUGUGCAGUGCGACAAGGAGUACACUAUCAUUGUGGCUGCUUCAGCCAACAAAUGCAGCAGCCUCCGCACCCCACCCUACAAGAUCAGAACUGCACCCUGUCAGCCCUCAUCAGUACAGGCCAAUACAGACUGUCAGUCAAAUGAUGUGUUUGUGUCAUGGAACCCAUCAUACGUGGCGCAGUCGUACCUGCUUACUGCAGUUGGCAGAAAUGGAGACUUGAAGACGUGCAAUACCUCAGACAAUAACUGCACGCUAACUGAUCUGCAGUGCAGCAACAUCUAUCAAGUGUCCAUUUUAGCCAGUAAUGAGAACUGCACCAGUCUGCCCAGUGCUAACAUCACCAUCAAAACGAUGUCGUGUGAUCCAGCCAACUUAACUGUAACCUUACAGUGCGGGAACAGUAGUAGUGCCUCCUUGUCCUGGGUGGGCAGUACAGGGUCAAUGGCCUACAUGGGACUUGCUCAGUCAGAAAACGGCACAACAACCUACUGUGAAACCACAAACACGUCUUGUAUUCUGGAGGGCUUAGUGUGCGGCACUAUGUACAACUUUACAGUGCAGGCAAUGGAUGGCUUCUGCAACAAUUCCUUGAGUGAAACACAAACUAAGGGAGCAGCUCCAUGUCCUCCAACUGGAUUUAGGGUUAUCCCUCGUACAGUAGUAAAUGAUACUCAGAUCUUGAGGGCGUCUUGGUCUACUGUGAAUUGUCCUAAUUCUGAAUACCUCCUGGCACUCACGGGCAGCAUUCAGGGCAACGUCCAAGCACUCUUUGACCUCACCUCCUAUUGGACAAGUCGCACAUUCUUCGAAGUGCCUUUACCAUGUGCCUCCACCUACAGCGCAAUCAUCAGUGCAAGGAACUCUGCCGCCACAAGUGGCAAGUCUGCUGCUGUCACUGGAACCACAGUGCCUUGUGCCCCUCUAAAUGUCACGUUCUCUGCAUCAUUGGUGGUAGUGGCAUGGAAUGAGUCUCUAUUUGCUGAAAACUACACUGUGUAUGGGGUUACUUCCUCUGGUAGGAUGAAACUCUGCAUGACCUCAGAGCUUCUCUGCUCUGUCAACAAUUUCAGCAGUGGUCACAUUGUCGUAACUGCCCAAAAUGCUGCUGGGGAGAGUGGAGACUCGGUGCCUGUUGUAGUCCGGUAA